AAGGAGAAGCCUAACUCGAUGUCUAGAAGAUAUGCAUGUGCAAUGCAAUUUACAUACUAUCUCGAAGGCGUAACGCCGCAGCGCAAAGGUGCAAAGGGACACUUUCUCGAACGCCAUCUUAAGGCCUCAUUUUCCGACAUGCUUUCGCAUUCUACGUGUGAUGCAAUUAGACCUUUGGUAAUGAAGCACGAUAAGUUGUGGCUUCCCGACGGAGGUCUUGUGGUCGAGAUCGAGAACAAACUUUUCUUUGUAGACCGCUCAAAGUUGGACAGUCGAAGCUAUUUGGGGAUGACGGAGAUGAAGAUGCAGAUAUAUAAAACGAAGAUGAUUUAGAUGAUGAUCACGAGCUGGAUGAUAACUGAAUGAAUAUCCAUUGUACCCUAUUGUACCACGUA